UCCCCCAAUUCGAGCCUCAAUCAAAUAUCGAGUCUUACUUUAAAUCCUCUCAUUUAACUAACGCCUUCACAAAUAGUAACCAUUCUCAUUCUCCGAUCUCCUUCAUCUCUGUUUUUCUGUCUCCAAUUUUCCCAUCAUAAUCUCUGUUUAAUCUUUUCAUUAUUUUCAUAAUCUCUGUUUAUUAAGUAAGUUAAUUAAACUAUAAAGUUUUUAAUUGCGUCAAUGAUGUUGAGAAGAACGGUUUCAGAUAUGACGCUAGGGUUUGAUACUUAUAGUUAUGGUCGUGCUCUUGGAAGAAAAAGGGUUGUUGUUUCAAACAACGAUGAAGCUUUUGAAUCCAAUCCUGUAACGGUUCCAUUGAAGAGAAUGUGCAGUGGAAGAUUCGAUACCAUUUCUGAAAAAUCUCGCCUUGAAGCCCUUCCUCAAGAUCUCCUUGUUAGGGUUUUAUGUGGUGUGGAUCAUGAUGAUUUGGAACAGCUUUUUAAUGUAUCUACAACGAUUAAAGAAGCAGGUGAAAUUGCUAAGCAGAUGCAUUUUGAGUUCAGUACUCCAAAGAAAAGCAGUGUUGCUGUUAGAUCACCAUUUGAUAUUGAAAAUGGGUUUGAUGAUGAAAUUGAAGCUCCAAAUGCACCUUUGAUGUCGAAGAAAUCGAAGCCAAGGUUGAGUGCUAACAAACUUGCUGGUAUUUCUGUUUCAUUGUUUGCUUAAUUUGAGCAAAAAAUCAAGGAGGAAUAGUUGGUGUUGUUUCUCUUGUUGAGUAAAUAGAUUGCUCCUGUUGUUCUUGUAUAUUGAACUAUACAUUAGAAGGGCUUUUUAGAGGGAUCAAGAUCUUCAAAUCAUUCAUUGAAGAUUGAUUUUGCUUGGUUGUAAUCUUUUCUGUACAUCUAUAGGCAGAUAGAAUGGGACAGAGAGUCUAGUGAUUUUGUUUGGAGGGAUAACAUAGGCCCUUCUAGUCUGAUAAAUUUGAGUAUGUACAGAUAGAAAUUGCAUACUCUUUAUGCUUCUACAAUAAAAAUGAUGAUUAAUGUUUCACCUUUUAUGAUUAAAUUUGUUCCUUGA